CAACAAAAUCCACCAGAGUACAUUUUAGAUAGGGCAGAUCUGUUCAUCUGGGAGUCAAUCUGUUUGUGUUCCUAGCCGACUUCAAGGACCUCAUAGCAUCUCCAGUUAGGGCAAUCUUAGCCUUGAGGCAUAAAUUAACUGACAACAACAAAGUUCCUUGUGCCCUGUUGGAGGCUUCCUUGGAGCACACCCAAAUCAAAGAUGGAAGAGGAAGACUCAGCUGCCCCUGAAUCAGGAAGAGGCCCCAAUACCAUUGAGACUGGGAGCAGUGGGGAAUUCUGGGAAAGAACCAUGCAGAAGAUCUCUGGUGAGGAGGACACCCUCAGCAAAGAUGUCCAGUGCCAUCGGUUCAGGAAGUUCUGCUACCAGAAGGCUGAGGGCCCCCGAGUGGUUUGCAGCCAACUCCACCAUCUUUGCCAUCAGUGGCUGAAGCCAGAGUGGCACACAAAGAAACAGAUCCUGGACUUGGUGAUCCUGGAGCAGUUUCUGGCUGUCCUUCCAGCAGAGAUAGCGAGCUGGGUGAGGGAAUGUGGAGCAGAGACCAGUUCCCAGGCAGUGGCCCUGGCCGAAGGUUUCCUCCUGAGCCUGGCAGAGGACGAGAAGCAGGAAGAGCAGCAGGUAAAAAGUCUGUUUGCAGAACUGGGCACUGAUUUCCCUGAGGCAGAGAAGGCUCCAUCAGACACCAGGCAGAGGCCGCUGGGCGAUAAUGGCGUGAUACCUACUCAGGUAUCACAUCUCCAUCGCGGAGCGGAAGCAGCUGCUGUGGACCUGGAUCAGAAUUUAGUCACCCUCGAAGAUGUGGCUGUGUACUUCACAGAGGAGGAGUGGGCCCUGCUGGAUCCUGAUCAGAGAGCUCUACAUAGGGAAGUCACGGAGGAGAAUUGUGGGACUCUGGCCUCUCUCGAAGGUGAUAAAUGGGAAACUAGGAAUAAGGAACAAUGUGGGAAAGAGACACAGGAAAGAGACAAAUAUACAAUGAAGAAAUGGCGAAGAAGGAAAACUGAAGAGAAGAGAAGGAAUAAAUCUUCUGUUUCUGAGGAUAGUGACUACCAUAAAAUUACACUCAAACAAUGUUUGGAAUGUGGAAAGAACUUCCAUUACAGUUCUACCCUUACUUCACAUCAGAGAAUUCACACAGGGGAGAAACCAUACAAAUGUAUGGAAUGUGGAAAGAGCUUCAGUCAGAAGAUACAUCUCACUAAUCAUCAACGAGUUCACACCGGGGAGAAACCGUAUAAAUGUUUGGAGUGUGGGAAGGGCUUCAGAAGCUGUUCUGGCUUUGCUUACCAUAAAAAAAUUCAUACAGGGGAGAAGCCAUAUAAAUGCUUGGAAUGUGGAAAGGGCUUCUUUCAAAAGGUUGACCUUUCUUCCCAUCAAAGAAGUCACACAGCAGAGAAACCAUAUAAAUGCUUGGAAUGUGGAAAGGGCUUUCGUCAUAUUUCUAGCCUAGCUUACCAUCAAAUAAUUCACAUGGAGAAACCAUAUAAAUGUUUAGAAUGUGGAAGGAGCUUCUGUCAGAAGACAAAUCUUGCUACUCAUCAAAUAAUUCACACAGGGAAGAAGUCAUUUAAAUGUUUGGAGUGUGGAAAGAGUUUCCCGUACAUUUCUAAUCUUACUACCCAUCAAAGAAUUCACACAGGGGAGAAGCCAUAUAAAUGCUUGGAAUGUGGAAAGAGCUUCACUCGGAAAAUACAUCUCAUUAACCAUCAAAGAAUUCAUACUGGGGAAAAACCCUAUAUAUGCUUGGAAUGUGGUAAGAGCUUCAGUCAGAAAUCAAAUCUCACUUCUCAUCAAAGAAUUCAUACUGGGGAGAAACAAUAUAAAUGCUUAGAAUGUGGAAACAGCUUCAGUAGCAAGAUAAGUUUUGUUGCCCAUCAAAGAAUUCACAUGGGCGAGAAACCAUAAAAGUGCUUAAAGUGUGGAAAGAGCUUCAAAAGAAGCACAAACUUUCAGUGUGUUAUCCAAGAAUUCACAAAGGUGGGAAGCCAUAUUAAUACUUGAGUAUAGAAAAAGCUUCAGUAAGAAGAUACAGCUCAAAGAAUUCUCACGGGAAAAUCAGUCUAAAAGCUUGGAACCUGGAGAUGCUUUUGUCACAGUUCUUGCCUUUCUCCCCCUCAAAUAAUUUGUACAGGAGAGAAACUGUGUAAAAGCUUUGAAUGUGGAAAGAACUUCAAUCACAGUUCUAACCUUCUAUCAAAGAACUCACACCUGUUUGGGGGGCAUUAAAUACAUUGGCAGUAAGAGCUGUUGUCUGUAGGUCUGGGACAGACCUCUUCAAGGGAAGGGGUGGUAUUAUAGGACUGGAGAUUAGACUGCAUGUAAGCUGUGAGUUGCUCCCAAGCCUGUGGUUUUACAUCUGUAUGGUGAGAUUCUGUAGUGGAAGGAACUUGAAGUUGUCGAACCAGUCUCUUUGUUACAAUGGUCCUAGUUAAGUUUGUUAAGCAUUUGUUUGCAUGACAAAAGGAGUUGGCCAAGUACAAAAAAAAAAAAAAAAAGUACAAGUACAAAAGAGGCAGACUCCUCCACAGAAUCGUUGUGGGUGGUGAUACCGUGCCCCAGGAGGGACUUAAUACUGGGAACGAUCUAUCGUCCCCCUGAUCAAAAUGCUCAGGGAGACCUUGAGAUGAGAUAUGAAAUUGAGGAAGCAUCCAAACUAGGAAAUGUGGUAGUAAUGG